UAAAUGAUUCAGUCAAGAAGCUUCUUGUUUAAGUUGGAAUAAAGUGGUUAUAAACCAAUUUCACUCAUUUGACCCCUACACAUCUUCUUAUUCUUCUUCUGCUUCUUCAUAUUUAUCCACCAAUUUUACAAAGACAGUUGGUAGUGCACCACCGAUUUUUUUUUUUAACUUUUAACUUUUUGUUGUGAAAAGAGUUCCAACAAAAAGAGAGUUUUUUCACACAAAAGCAAAAACAUGUAAAAGCUGUCACAAGAAUUUCAAAGCCUAAAAAGAAAAAAAGAAGAGUUUUAUAAAACCAAACAUAAAAAAGCUGAACACUUCCAUUGCGAGAUCGAUCCAAAAAAAAAACAAACACCAAAAAAAAAAAAAACAGAGAAUAAAAUUAAAAAGACAAUGAUCAAAGGAAGAGAAGGAAACAGAGGAUCUUCUUCUUCUUCUGGUUACUCUGCAGACUUGUUGGUUUGUUUCCCUUCAAGAACCCACUUAGCUCUUACACAUAAACCCAUUUGCAGCCCAUCUCGCCCUUCCAUCUCCACCAACCGUCGUCCACACCACCGUCGCCAGCUCAGCAAACUCUCAAACGGCGGCGGAGGAGGAGGGCAUAAGAGUCCUGCUUUGUGGGCUAAACAAGCAAGUGGUAAGAACAUGGGUAACGACGAGAUAGCUGAGCCCACUUCACCUAAAGUCACGUGCGCCGGUCAGAUCAAAGUCCGGCCGAGAAAAUGCGGCGGGAGAGGAAAGAACUGGCGGUCAGUGAUGGAGGAGAUAGAGAGGAUACAUAGCAACAAGUCGCAGAGCAAGUUUCUUGGGUUGAAGAAAGACGUGAUGGGUUUCUUGACUUGUUUAAGGAACGUCAAGUUCGAUUUCAGAUGUUUUGGUGAUUUCAGACAUGCUGAUGUCAUCACUAGCGAAGACGAGGAAGACGAUGAACAAGAACAAGAAGAAGAAGAGGAGAAUACUAAGACUGUUUUCUCCAAAUGGUUUAUGGUUUUAGAAGAGGAAGAGAGCACCAACGACGAAGACAAGAACGACAAGAAGUGCGUCGUUGAUGAAAACGCAGACGCGGAACCGGCGGUUCCGCCGCCGAACGCGCUUUUGCUGACGAGGUGUAGGUCGGCUCCAGCGAAGAGUUGGUUAGAAGAGAGAGUGCAAGUGAAAACAGAGGAAGAAGAGAUGAGUGUGAAGAAGAAGAGUAAGAAGGAUUUGAGAUCACUGAUGGAGGAGGAGAAUACGGAACUAGUGUUGAUGAGAUACGAUACUGAUUAUUACAGACUCUCUUCGGACAUUGCUAAGGAGACUUGGGUUGUCGGAGGAGUUCAAGAUCCUCUGUCUCGGUGUCGAAGCUGGAAAAGCUAAUUUUUACCAGAUCUAUUUCUCACUUAUUAAUCAUCGUAUUUUAAAGAUAUGAUUAAGAUUUUUUUAUACUAUUAUUUUGAUUAUUUGUUUAUUAAUUUUGGUACUUGUUUUCACUUUUUUUUUCUCUUGGUUUAUUGAGUUUCUAGGGUUACUCUGUUGAGUAUCUCAAAAGAUUUACUUUUACUUUGUUUCAGUGUGUGUUUUUUCAUCACGACGUUUGUAACGUAACGUAAAUAUAUGUACAUGGCUUUUAUUUGACACAAAUAUGCUUAAUAGAUAAUUUUUUUUCUGUA